CGAGACGAGUCAACAAAACAAGCGUGGGGGCUGCAGCUUGGUUAGCUUGGUUAGCUCUGGUGAAAAAAAAGGCUACAAAAGAUGAUAAAAUGCCCAUUUGCUGGCUUAUCAGCGAGGAGGGAAAUCACAAGCCAAUUCAGCUGCCUCACCAACAGGCAGUUGUCCUGGGUCGAGGUCCAGAAACGACUAUUAAAGACAAAAAAUGCUCCCGGCAGCAAGUUGAAUUGAAAGCAGAAUGCAAUAAAGGUUACAUCAAAGUUAAACAGCUGGGCUUGAACCCCACCUCCAUAGACUCCGUGGUGGUGGGUAAAGGCAACGAGGUGAAAAUGAAGCCCGGGCAGCAGCUUCAUAUUGUCAAUCAACUUUACCCAUACACUGUACAGUUUAAGGAGGACCCCAGUGGCAACCACAGCAGUACCAAAAGACCACGAGAGACCACCUCAGAGGACAGAGAGAGCCACAGAGAAGCUCCGAGUAUGAAAGCAGCCAAACAGCCAGAGUCCAACAGUCACGGAGAAGCCACAAAAACAAGUGAAGGUUUUGGACACUGGAGCCAAGGCCUUAAGGUUUCAAUGCAGGACCCCAAGAUGCAGGUGUAUAAGGAUGAUAAAGUGGUAGUAAUCAAAGAUAAAUACCCCAAAGCUCGCUACCACUGGCUGGUCCUCCCGUGGCAGGCUAUUCCCAGUCUGAAGGCCCUGGGGGAUGAGCACUGUAAUCUUGUAAAACACAUGCAGAAAGUUGCUGACCAGAUGGUUCAGCAGUGCCCACAUGUGGCCACACUACGCUUUCGCACAGGAUACCACGCCAUCCCCAGUAUGAGUCAUGUACACCUCCAUGUGAUCAGCCAAGACUUCGACUCACCUUGUUUAAAGAACAAAAAGCACUGGAACUCAUUCACAAGUGACUAUUUCAUUGAGUCUCAAGACGUCAUCCAGAUGCUUGAAACAAACGGAAAAGUCACCGUUAAAGAAGGCACGAGUGAAUUGUUGAAACUACCUCUCCGCUGCCACAUGUGUCACAAAGAGCUUCCCACCAUGCCAGCUCUGAAGGAACAUCUGAAGUCUCACUUUCCUAAAUGAGAAUGUACCCUCAAAAUCAAAAUGCCACAAAUGUUCAUGGGCUCAGGACUCCAGGUGUA